AUGUAUUCUUCUACUUUUAUAAUAUUCCUAUCAAUUCUCAUCAAAUGUUCCCUUCAAGAAUCACAAAUUCUCAAAUAUGAAAUCGUUGUGACACUGGAUGCACCAACUAUCGAAAACUUCCAACUUUUGGAUGCAAAUCUGAAAGUUGUUAAAAAUUUGCCACUUCAAAAAUCAAUUGUUAGCUACUCGGGAGAAUUUGAUGUCAAUUCAACAACGGUUGAUGAGAUGUAUCGAUUCAAAGUUUUGAGCGAGUCGAAGAAAAGUUAUCGUAAGUUAGAUGGACUUUUUCGGGAAAACCAUUUUUUUUGUAAAUACAGAAUACGUCACUUUCACGCGUCACCCGGGAAGAGAAGAUUCUCUUAUUCAAGUGUUGGAUGCUAAAGAUCAAAUCGUGAUUUUAAUUGAAACGAAAAAUGUUGGAAGUUUGUUGAAUGACCGUGAAGAUAAUUGGCAAUUUCCUGUCAAGAAAAUAGUUCGACAUUUCACAGAAUAUAUUUUUUGA